GGCUGCCCCGGGCUACAAGGGGGUGUGGGGAGGCAGGGCGGAGCGGGAGACGGGCGGCUGUCCCCCCUCAGCGGCCUCGGUCGUGCGGCUGCUCCCCUCGGAGGGGUCUAGGCCCCUCAGCCCCCUCCCUGCGCGGCCCAUCUGCGUCCCAGGCCUCAGUCCCCUCAGCCCGCAUGGGAGACGGAAAUAACAGCCCGCUCUUUCUGUUGGCGUGGUAACGGCCCCUCUGCUUUAGUCCCUUGUGCCUCCCCGACUGUGGUUCCCCCUUCCCCUCCAGGCCCUGAGGCAGGAAGUCCCUUUCCCGCGAUGGCAGCACCCUCCCUCUAGCCAUACGCGUAGCGUAGCGUACCCCAAGUGCAUCGUAUCUGCCCCAGCAUAGCUGUGCUCCUACUGAGCAAACUUUACUCCUCUGUGGCAGUUUUAAAUUGAAGAGAAAAUGUCACUUUACGAUGACUUGGGAGUUGAGACCAGCGAUUCUAAAACAGAAGGCUGGUCUAAAAAUUUCAAACUACUGCAGUCUCAAUUGCAGGUGAAGAAAGCGGCUCUCACACAAGCAAAGAGUCAGAGAACAAAACAAACAACAGUCCUUGCCCCAGUGAUUGACCUGAAACGAGGUAGCUCUUCUGAUGAGAGACAGAUUGUGGACACACCACCUCAUGUAGCAGCUGGGUUAAAGGAUCCUGUACCUAGUGGUUUUUCUGCGGGAGAUGUGUUGAUUCCUUUGGCGGAUGAGUAUGAUCCCAUGUUCCCAAAUGACUAUGAAAAAGUGGUAAAACGUCAAAGAGAGGAACGACAGAGGCAACGUGAGCUGGAGAGGCAAAAAGAGAUUGAAGAAAGAGAAAAAAGACGUAAAGACAGGCAUGAAGCCAGUGGGUUUUCAAGACGACCAGAUCCAGAUUCUGAUGAAGAUGAAGAUUAUGAAAGGGAGAGACGAAAAAGAAGUAUGGGAGGAGCUGCCAUUGCACCACCCACUUCUCUUGUUGAGAAGGACAAAGAACCUGUAGCAUCAUUUCCAUUUGAAGAGGACUCAAGACCUCGGGCACCGUCUUCCAAAGCAGCUAUUCCUCCUCCAGUGUAUGAUGAGCCAGAAAGACCUCGUUCCCCCACGGGACCUAGCAACUCUUUCCUUGCUAACAUGGGAGGGACCGUAGCUCAUAAAAUCAUGCAGAAGUAUGGUUUCAGAGAGGGCCAGGGACUGGGAAAGCAUGAGCAGGGGCUUAGCACAGCACUGUCAGUAGAGAAAACAAGCAAGAGGGGUGGCAAGAUCAUUGUUGGCGAGUCUACAGAGAAAGCAGAAACGGGCAAGAAAGCGGAUUCUAACCCCUUGACCGAGAUACUGAAAUGCCCAACUAAAGUGGUCUUACUAAGGAACAUGGUAGGUGCUGGGGAAGUGGAUGAAGAUCUAGAAGUUGAAACUAAGGAAGAAUGCGAAAAAUAUGGCAAGGUUGGGAAAUGUGUCAUCUUUGAGAUUCCUGGUGCCCCUGAUGAUGAAGCUGUAAGAAUAUUUUUAGAGUUUGAACGGGUUGAAUCUGCCAUCAAAGCUGUUGUGGAUCUCAAUGGAAGAUACUUUGGAGGCAGAGUCGUGAAGGCUUGUUUCUACAACCUGGACAAGUUCAGAGUACUGGAUCUGGCAGAGCAAGUUUGAUUUUAAAAAUCUAGCUCAAGGUGUCACUGUUUUGGCAAUCAUGUUUUCAGCGGUAGGCUGGGAAUAAAGAAGAGAAAAGUAGCUUUCCUAGCAAACUGGAAACAAGCCUCAUUGAAUGGAUUUUUCGCAUUCGUUGUGACUUAACAUUUUUUGUAAUAUAAAGCCCUUUGAAAGUAA